UAUGGCUGAGAAAAGGACGCGGAAGAGUCGUGUUGCUUCUAAUAGCCGUCUAGACGAUUACACGAAGUUGUUUGCUGUCGUGUCGACUUCUGCUAUUAUAGCCGUAGCGUUUUUCGCUGUUUAUUUCGAUGAAAUUUCUCAACGAGGAAUCAAACAAAUCAAUGUAUCUCAAUUUCCAAGCAAUGUUUACAGGGAAGUGCUUCAGUUGCGGGAACCUGUGAUUCUUACAUCAACAGUAGCAGAUCGAUGGAAGGCUAGCAAAUGGACAUUUGAAUUUCUAAGUCAGAGAUUACCUUAUAUUGAAGUCUACAGGCAAGAGUCAAGUCGUGUCUUUAUGACUUUUCAUGAUAACAAGCCUUUGGAGCACUUGGUGAAUGAAGAUUGGAGUGAUUUCAAUAAGAAAAUUAAUGUGACCAUUCCUGAUGUACUUAAAUGGCAGGAGUUUGAUGAAGGCCACGAUAAAAGUGGUGGUGAAUAUCUAUACUUCAGUCGUGACAUCAGUUUGCUCAGAGACCAAUUUCCUGAAGUUGUCAGUCACAUUUCACCUAUCUCAGAUUUUGUCGUCAGUGAGGGUGGAGUGCAGAUCAAUUUAUGGAUUGGGAGAGCUGGGAUCAUUACUCACACUCAUUAUGAUGCUAUGUACAACUUAUUUUAUCAAAUUCGAGGACAGAAGCGGUUUACAUUGUUUCCUCCGUCGUCACUGUUGUAUCUCUAUCCAUGUCUACAUCCUCAUUAUGGGCACAGUCAAGUGGACAUUGUGUCUUCUGAUCAGCAAAAGUUUCCGCUCUUGAAUAGAACUGGAGAGGUAGUAGUUGUUGUCAAUCCAAGAGAACUGCUUGUGGUUCCUCCAUUUUGGUUUCAUCAUGUAGAAACUCUUCAAGACAGUUUAUCUCUAAAUGUGUGGAAUGAUGCCCCAGAAUAUGUUGUCAUGAACAAAAUAUAUACUAAGCCUGUUCCUCUUGAACUGGACUGGUCACUUGAAAGACGAGUAAAGGCUACCAGGCUGUACAUUCAUCAGUUGUUGAGUGCUCUUCAUAUACAUUCUGAUGAGUUUCUUCAGUUCAUCUUCUUAACACGCUACUAUCCUUUAUAUGGCUUUGAAACUACUCACCCGAAUCUGCAAGUAAAUGUGACCGUCAUUCCAAUGAUACAAAGGGCAUGUGAAACUGACUGGUCUAUUACAGAAAAUACACUGAGUAUGUCUGAUGUUAGUCGCUGUUUGAGUGAAGUAGUUCCGUUGUUUAGAGAAAUAGGAGACAGAGAUAUCAUGAAGAUGUUGGCCGGCAAUUAUCUGGAACAUGUUGUUCGUGUUUGUGUGGGUUUGGAUUAUGUAUAUUCCUUCUUUGAAGUCUGCCAGGUGACUGGUCUCAAGUAACUGCAUGACUCCAUGUUAUUCUUUUAUUGAAAUAGGCUGGCUAUAUAUACUAAAAGAGAUAGUACUUUCAUUUUAUUGUUCUAAGAAUUGCAGUUUUUGAUGUAUUAUUGUAUAUCAGAGAGAUUACAAUACAGACUAGUAUUUGUUUUACGA